AUGAAAAAUAGCUCGCGCGACCUCGAAAAGGCGAUACCGACACCCCGCAUGCUGUGUCCCCUUCCCCUUUUCUCGCUCAAAAACUCCAGGUCAAGCCUUCAUGUCGACGAAAACGUGGCCUCCCACCCCGACCUACACGGCAGACCCAAACUCCGUGCGAUACUCACGCAUGCUGCUCUCUGUUCCGGAUCGAGCCGAACCGAAGUCGACACCAAAACAGCGAAAGAAGUAAGGAUGCAUAACUUGCAGUCGGUCCGCCAUCCACACCAACACUUACCAGCGCAGCGCCUCACCGUCCAGCCAAAAAAAGACCUUUCAGAACAAUACCAUGCCGGACGCGGAGUCAACCCCCUCUUACAAAAUCCAACGGGAGCACGACGAUGUCCCAGCGCGCAGUUUGCAAACCUACCGUCAACCAUGACAUGGUCGGAGGCCGUCUCUGCACGCCUUGCGCAGAAACGACAUUCAAUGUGCCGUCGGCGUGCGUUCUCAAAGAGCACGCAAUCGUGGUUAUGUCUGCGGUGCGUCCUGGAGCUUUCUUCAACACCCCCAAACAGAAGUCCCCGCAGGACCAAAAGCAGGAACUCGACGGGGCAUGCGGCUCCGACCGAGCUGAAAGCCAGAGCCCCAGCUCAAGGCCAAGAACCAAAAAAUGACGAGACACGACAUGUGCGAUCCCGUUGUGGAGCUCAAAAAGGCCGAGGUCAGACUGGCGAUGAGACCGAAAAUGCCAACAGAGCAUACCCACGGCAGGAGAGAAGUGUGCCCCUCGAGCGCUGCGAGGACGAGAGAUCUCCAAGCAACUCGGCAUCAGGACCUAGUUACCGCCAGCUUCGCGGAUUUUUGGCUCCAUGA